UCUGACUUGCUGACGUUGGAAGGAUGUCGGGACGCGGGAAAGGCGGCAAAGGCCUGGGGAAAGGCGGCGCCAAGCGGCACCGCAAGGUCCUGCGGGAUAACAUCCAGGGCAUCACCAAGCCCGCGAUCCGGCGCCUGGCCCGGCGCGGCGGCGUUAAGCGCAUCUCGGGGCUCAUCUACGAGGAGACGCGCGGCGUCCUGAAGGUGUUCCUGGAGAACGUGAUCCGCGACGCGGUCACCUACACCGAGCACGCCAAGCGCAAGACGGUCACGGCCAUGGACGUGGUCUACGCGCUCAAGCGCCAGGGCCGCACGCUCUACGGCUUCGGCGGCUGAGCGGGCCGCCCGCGCCCCCCAGGCCUGCCCGUCGGUCUCUGCCGUCCACCCACCCCAAAGGCCCUUUUCAGGGCCAUCAAAGCACCCGGAAGGGGCUGAGAACACUUGGACACCGGGCUAGGGUUGCGCCUAGGGAGCCUCCUUUGUUCUGCCUUGUGCUCGCGCGUCCUGGCGUUAGUGCAUUGUCUCGUAUGCAGAUUAGGCCACGUGGGUGCAGAUUUUCAUUGUGCGGUGGCCUGGCGGUUCCGCCCACUGCUGGGAAGUGGGCGGAUGACGGCCAAGCGCUGUCAGUCCGUGAAUGGAUGCUCCUUGGGUGCCACGCCGAAAGGUGGCACGGAGCCCCGGGGUGGGAGGGUCCGGCGCUCCCCGAGGGAGACGGCAGGCGGAAAGGGAGUGAGCACCGGGUUCGAGGCUUGGAACCCCACAAUAAGGCGAUCCUGCAGCUGUUCCCGGUGUACGGGGGGGGCCAGGGCAGCAUCCGGGGUCUCCCUGAGCUGGGGCUGCCCUAAGGUCCUCCUGUUGGAGCUUCUCGUGUGCUGAGUUACAGACCGUCUUCUGUUCUCAGCACCCAGGGGGUUAUCUCACAAUCCCUCUUAACUCCGGCUUCCUUAGGACCCUUGCUCGGGUCUGCAUACCCGUUCUUCGUAGACAUAACUAAAAACGUAGUUUUCAGUGCCGUAGCUUUCUGACAUUGUUCACUAGCCUUCUCCCUAGCUGAGGGAAUAGGAGACAUUCCUGGGGCUCCCUCAGCGGGAAACCUGGCGAUUCAUUUAUCUCUUUUUUUAAGUGCUUUCUACAUGGCAGGUAAUUGGUGCCGUUUACCACCACAUUUAUUUUAAGCGUUGUUAAUGACCACUUGAAUAGCUGUGGAUGCAAUGGAGCCUCUAUUUGAACUCCGCCCUGUGAGAUUUUGCACAGCUUCAUUUUAUGUGCAAUUUUUUUUUUUAACCAGACAUCCUCUGCCCGUUUGCUGACGAUUUACUUCUAGCAUUAGUCUAAUGAACUCCUUUUUUUCUUUUCUUCGUUUUGUUUUAUUUGUUGUUUGUUUUUCUAGACAGGCUGUUUAUGUGUAGCCUUGGCUGUCCUAAAACUUGCUGUGUAGACCAGGCUUGACUCAAGCUCAGAAAUCCACCUGCCUCUCCCUCCCGAGUGCUGGGAUCAAAGACAUGCGCUCCCAGGCAGGCCUGGCCUAUAACUCAUUUUCUUAAAGCAAGUGAAAAAGAAGCUGCUAUUUUUCUAUCUUGAGAAAUAUUUUCAGUUACAGUUACUUAGUUUUUACUUUCUUGUAAAGUCACAUGUUUUAUCACAUUAAACAUAAAAAUGUUCAUUGC